AUGAUUCUCUAUCUAUCUAUCUAUCUAUCUAUCUGUCAGUAUGUUCAUAUCUAUCUAUCUAUCUAUCUAUCUAUCUAUCUAUCUAUCUAUCUAUCUGAGAUUAUCUGUUAUCUAUCUAGUAUGUUCAUAUCUAUCUAUCUAUCUAUCUAUCUAUCUAUCUAUCUAUCUCGUGUGUUAAUAUCUAUCUAUCUAUCUAUCUGUCAGUAUGUUCAGAUCUAUCUAUGUCAGUCUGCAUAUAUCUAUCAAUCUAUCUAUGAUUGUCUAGCCAGAUAUCUAUAUCUAUAUGAUUCUCCAUUAUCUAUCUAUCUCAGUCUGUUUUUAUUCUAUCUAUCUAUCUAUCUAUCUAUCUAUCUAUCUAUCUAUCUAUCUAUCUAUCUAUCUAUCUAUCUCACUCAGUUUUUAUUCUAUCUAUCUAUUCAUCUAUCUAUCUAUCUAUCUAUCUAUCUAUCUAUAUCACUCAGUUUUUAUUCUAUCUAUCUAUCUAUCUAUCUAUCUAUCUAUAUCAGUCUGUUUUUAUUCUAUCUAUCUAUCUAUCUAUCUAUCUGUGUCAUCUGUUCAUCUCUAUCUAUCUAUCUAUCUAUCUCAUCUAUCUGUGUCAGUCUGUUCAUAUCUAUCUAUCUAUCUAUCUAUCUAUCUAUCUAUCUAUCUAAGAUUCUCCGUUAUCUAUCUAUACGCGAAAUAGCCAAAAGAUACAGUCAACGCCACCCUCUGUUCUCCGAGAAUAUCUACACGCCGUUGUGGUUUGUUCAACCACCCCCCACCCCCAACCCAGAGGAACUGACCAUUUUCUCACUGCUAUUUUACUUCUUGAUUUAUCGACCACGAAGUUGUUGGCGUUCGGCAACCAAAGUGUUAUUUCACAGGCCAACGGAAUUAAGUUCAGAAAACAAAACAAACGCAUAA